AUGGCUUCCAUCUCCGAGGAUGACUACACUAGCUUCCGAAGCGUAGCCGUCGAUGACCUGCCGUUUUUCACCCCUCGACAGCGAGUGCCCGUUGGCACGGCAAUCCUCAAAGAAGGGCAAACGGAAGAGGACGUCUCGCCAGCGUUUCGUCCUAUUAAAAUUCGAGGGAAAAUAUUCCAGAACCGUAUUUGGGUAGCACCCAUGUGCAUGUAUAGCUGUGAGGAGGGUAUGUUUAGCGAUUUCCAUGUCGUGCACUAUGGCCAGUGGGCGAUGAGAGGCAGCGCUCUUAUCACCAUUGAAGCAACCGCAGUCACUUCGAGAGGAAGAAACACUCCUCAGGAUGCUGGGCUAUAUUCUGAUAGACAAGUUGCUCCACUGAAGAGAGUGGUUGACCUGAUACACUCUCAAUCUCAGAAAGCCGCUAUCCAGCUUCAACAUGCUGGCCGCAAGUGCAGUGUUUGCCCCCCUUGGCUUGGCCUCAAGGUAGUUCCUGAAGAGUUCGGGGGCUAUUCCAAGCACGUUCAGGGUCCAACGGCGGAGCCUUGGAACGAGAACUACGCCACUCCCAUCGAAAUGACGGAGGAGGAAAUCCUGGAAACGAUCGAAGCUUAUGGACAGGCUGCCAGAAGGGCUAUCGAAGCCGGGAUUGAUGUUAUUACUAUUCACGGAGCCCACGGAUAUCUCGUGCAUUCGUUUGCAUCUCCUGCUACCAACAAGCGAACAGAUCGCUGGGGCGGUAGCUUUGAAAAUCGUACUAGAUUCGGCAUCGAGGUCAUUCGUGCUGUACGACGCAACAUCCCCAAGGAUACUCCUGUCUUCUGGAAGAUCUCGGCUGUUGAUUGGUUGCCUGCUGGCGAGGGGUGGGAACUUGAGGAUACACUUCGAUAUGCCCCAAUACUCGCUGCAGAAGGUGUUGACCUUUUUGAUGUAUCCAGCGGCGGUACUGACAGAAGGCAAAAAGUUCAGCUCGGCCAGCAAUACCAAGUUCCCUUUGCCAAGGCUGUCAAGGAUUUGAACAUACCCAACGUCUUUGUUGGCGCUGUUGGCUGGAUCCGAGAUGGCGUUACGGUUCAUGAGAUCUUGAGCAACGGAAAGGCGGACGUUGUGCAUGUUGCGCGCGAAUUCCUUCGCGACCCAAACUUUGUUCAGAAGGUUGCUCUAUCCACUGGCACUGAAGUUGCUUGGGUGGAUCAGUAUCAUCGAGCCCCUAGUAAGUAA